AAGCCGCCAGGCCAACGAUAGAGUGUCCGCACCAAUUUGGCUACUACCGGCUGGGAGACCAAACACACUGCAGCCAGUAUACGAACUGCGCCAACGGAAUAGGCUACGUCCAAACCUGUCCGGAGGGACUUGCUUUCAAUGAAGUAACCAUUCGAUGUGAUUGGCCGGACGAAGUCUCGACAUGUGAUGCUGAGAGUUUCCUUGGUUUUACCUGUCCGCAACCGAGUGGGAACAACCAAGACUCAGAUAAGCCGCUAAAUUACCCGCAUCCGAAAGAGCCGACGAAGUACUUUAGUUGUCAAAAUGGAAGACCCCGAUUGCACACUUGUCCUCGACCUUUCGAUGCUGCAACGAGUCUUUGUGUAGGUGCUGAGAACGAGGAGCAAUCUUAAUUCAACAGUAACGGAGUCGGAUCAAAUCAAUCAUGCUCCACACCUCAGCAGAUAGCCUCUCUUGCUCGAGUCGGACUCCUUACAGCUGUGCUUAAUCUCGCCCCUGAAGCCUAGUUCCACGCGAAUGAUGUAACUUCUGUUCAAGGACUAACGCUGCAUAAUAUUCAAUGUGUCAAUUUGGCCUGCACCUCUCACAAUUAUGGCAAUGGCUCUGUGCAAUAUCUUUGUGAAAAAAAUGUAUUAAAAUGUAAAGAUUUGUAAAAUACCUGAUGCGACUCAUUAAUAAAUACGAUUUUUAAUUUUU